AAUAACAACAUGGCGUGCAGAGGUAGAAUUUUUCGUGAAGUGAGAUAUAAUCGAACUGUAUUGGAACAAAUGUUAUCCGAAAUUACGUAUCACAGAAGUAGAGAUGCUAAUCAAUGCGGCGGAGAAGAAAGUGGGAUUGCCCCUCUGAAUUCAACAACAUUUUGGACUGAUUUGUUUAUCAGACACUUUCUCUACCAUGCUGAAGACCAAGUAAGAGAUGAUAUGCUCUUUUUUGUACGAAAACAACCCAAAGAGAAAAUGUUCUGUUUUAUUCCACAGUUUGAGAAAGUGAUUGAAGUUUUUAGAAAAGAUUCAAGAAAACUGCCUAUUGCUGACACAGACAUUGAUUGGGAAGAAACUCUAUACUUAAAUCUUAUUUUACAUCAGUUUGAAUAUACAUUAACCUGUGCAAUAUGUAUUAGAACAAGUUCCAAAAACUUGCAGGUUCUUAGAAGACAUUCACAGAGAGUUUAUGCCUCACCUAGUAGAAGGAGUAUGGAUUGUAAAGGAGAAGGUGAAGAAAUAUCAUAUCCAAAUAUAUUUUUUAUGGUAGAUAAUUAUGAUGAGGUGAGUUUACUGAAUGGAGAGAUGGUGUGUGUAGAAUUGGUUGCCAUGGAUAAGGAUGGUGUUCUUCAAGGUGUCAUAUUUCUUGGAUCAAUUCAAUAUGAAGCCUUGAAAAGAGUUUAUGAUACAAGAGCUAGCAUAACAAUGAGAAUGGCUCAAAGAAUGUUUACAGGUUGGUAUCAAGGCCAUCAGAGAAUGGAAUUUGUACGAAUGAGAGGCCCACAAGGUAACGGUCAUGCUGAAAUGGCAGUUACAAGGGUGAAGGGAACAGGUGCUGAUACACAUACAUCAGAACCAGGUUUUUCAUUAACAGAAAACUAUAACUACAAUGAUUUAGAGGAGAAUCCAUAUCUUCAAAGAAGGAUGUCUGAUCCCAGUUCAAAUCUGAACACUUUUGUUCGUGGUUGGAGAACCAAAGAAAUCAAAAGGUCCCUGUCAGAGAGAGAAGGAGUUGGUUCUUUUGAUAAUGGAGGCAAUGAGAUUGAAGCAGGGGAUCUGCGAGAUGAACUGGAUGACACUACUUAUAACAAGUUGUGGACAAUAAAAGGAUUUGGACAGGCCUAUCAUUUCUGGAAGGAUUCCAACCAAACCAAUUCCCCAGCUCUUAAUGCAUACCUCACUUAUGUGACUUUACCUUGGCAUCACAUAGUUGGAAAUCUUCUUGACACAAAACAAGAACCAAUUCUGACAUCCUAGUAGAGCUUGACAUUUGCUUUCAUUUAUUACAACUACCCCUUUUGUAUGAAGGUGAUAACAGAAACUUCCUGCCUAUCUUCUGUAUGGUGAUAUCAGUGCCAGAAACUGUGACGUUACCACUUAUUGUGCCAUAUUAUUGAUAUUAUGCAUUGUUCAACUUGAAGACAAUUUUAUGAAUGUUUCCAAAAUAUUUCAUAUAGGAACUUUAUUGAUUUGAUUUUAGCAUCUAAACUUGUUCAUAUUUUUCCUUGUUGCACAGUAAUAUAAUUUCAAAGUAUUAUAAGGUUUAAAUUAGGUGUUAAGAAUGAUAUAAAUUAUUUAGU